GGGAGCCCGGCAGGCUCGGGCCGCCCCGCUGCGGGGCCCGUCCCCGGGCGGCGGGGAUCGAUGUCUCGGCGCUCUCCAGGCGCCGGCCCGAGAUGGCGCUGAGCGGCGUGCGGGUGCUGGAGCUGGCCGGGCUGGCGCCCGCGCCCUUCUGCGGCAUGGUGCUGGCCGACUGCGGGGCGCGGGUGGUGCGGGUGGACCGGACGCCCCGCGCCGGGGUUGCCGUCGACGUGCAAGGCCGCGGCAAGCGCUCCUUGGCCCUCGACAUUAAGCGGCCGCAGGGCGCGGCGGCGCUGAGGCGGCUGUGCUGCCAGGCCGACGUGCUGAUCGAGCCCUUCCGCCACGGUGUCAUGGAAAAACUUGGGCUUGGUCCAGAGGUCCUUCUCCAGGAUAAUCCCAGACUCAUCUAUGCUAGACUUACUGGAUUUGGCCAGACAGGAAAAUACGCCACGUCUGCAGGUCACGACAUCAAUUUUUUGGCUUUAUCAGGUGUGUUGUCAAAGCUGGGCAGAAAACAUGAAAAUCCCUAUGCACCUGUAAAUCUUCUGGCUGAUUUUGCUGGUGGAGGCAUCAUGUGCACAGUGGGCAUUGUUACAGCCCUUUAUGAACGCACCAGGUCUGGGAAAGGGCAGGUCAUUGAUGCAAGUAUGGUAGAAGGAGUAGCAUACUUAAGUUCCUUCCUGUGGAAAUCACAAAAUUUGGGACUUUGGAACAGACCUCGAGGGGAGAACCUGCUAGACAGCGGUGCCCCUUUCUAUGAGACCUACAAGACCUCUGAUGGAAAAUUCAUGGCUGUUGGUGCCAUUGAGGCUCAAUUCUAUAAGCAGUUAAUAACAGGUCUUGGUCUAGAUUCAGAGAAACUCCCCAGUCAGAUGAGUUUCUCUGACUGGCCUGAAAUGAAGAAAAAAUUUGCAUCUGUAUUUGCACAGAAGACACAAGCUGAGUGGUGCAGCAUAUUUGAUGGUACUGAUGCCUGUGUGACCCCUGUUUUAUCCUUUGAUGAUGUUGCCUCACAUCAGCAUAACAAACAAAGAAGUUCUUUUUUUAAAAACGAUCAGGAAGAGAUAAGUCCUAGACCUGCUCCUCGUCUAUCAAGGACUCCUGCUGUUCCAUCAUUAAAAAGAGAUCCUUUUAUAGGAGAACACACAGAAGAGAUACUGCUAGAAUACGGGUUUACUAAGGAAGAGAUUACUAAACUGCAUUCUGAUAAAGUAAUAGAAUUCAGUAAACCAAAAGCUAGUUUAUAAUCUAUAACUAUGCAGAUCAGACAAAUUUCAGGCUGAUACAGUAGAUUUUUAUGCAUUAAAAUGGAAUUCUGUGACAAAUAUUUGCAUGACAUAGCUUUUAUUAUUUUUUUUAAUUAAUGAAAUCUUAAAUUUCAUUGAAAAAAAUGGGGAUGUGUACAUAUGUAGCUGGAUGGUCUCCAGUCUAGAAUGAUACCAAAAUUGUAUUCUGAAGUUCUACACGUUUGGCUUAGUAAGCAGCUGUAAAUCCUCAGAAUGUUUCUUUAAUAUUCUAUGAAAUACCGCUUUAAUAUUCUAUGAAAUGUUUUUUCUUUUGAUUCUUAUUUACACCAGUGCUUUAUAAUACAUGUUGUCAUUACAUGAGGACAAUACUUUUCAUUAAAUAUAGCUAUAUUCUUCCUAAAUAAGUGAUUGUUUUGUUUACUUAUAGAUUAGAAGGACGUUUUUUCCUCCAUUUUAUCACGUUAAUUCAUUUGCCUUACCAAGCCAAUUUAGUGAUCAAAAUAAUGCUGCUUUCUUAUGUGCUGCUGUAGAGUUAUUAUAAUAAAUUCUAUUUAAUAGCCUUA